AUGUCCGCCGCUGAAGAGGAAAAUAUCGCUGAAUCCGGCGACGAUCUCUUGGUCGACGACCUUCCCGAAGGACUACUCGAUGACCUCGCGAGCUCCCCUGACCACCCUGCUGCGAAGAAGCCCUGCAUGGACCCCGGUGCUGGCCCUGCUAGCUUCAACUCCCCCUCCACCUCCUCCGACUCGGCGCUGGCGCAGCCCGCGCCGUCUCCUGUGCUCCUCGCUGCCGCUGCUGCUCUCACGUUGACUCAGCAAGGCCAUGCGCCCUCUCUGGCAGCAACAGCUGCCGCCCCCAACGCCCCGGUUCUCCGCGCUGCUGCCUACGCAACGGCCGCCUCCGGCGCUAACCCGGCUCCCGCGCUGCCCGCCUCGCUCUUUGCCUCAUCCGCGCCCGGCGGACCCCCCCGCAACCUCCGCCGUGCGCGCACCUCCGCAGCCACCCCGAUGCUCCUUCCCCUUCGCCGCCGCGUGGUAGUCACGCUCCUCCUCCCGGAGGCCGUGUUGGAGUCGCACCGCACGGAAAUCCUCGCCGGAAUCAACGCGCAGCUGUGCGGCUUCAUGUUCGAUUCGGGCAUCAUCCCCCCCUUCGAGCACACUGUCGGCGACUCCCUCCGCGUGGCCCGCCACGUCCUGCCUCCGUUGCCUCCUCAUGUGCUCCUCCGCUGCCCCCCAUCCUCUCACCACUCCCCCCUCGGUCUACCCCCUCCCUAUCGCGUAACCUUCAUGCUCCCAUCCAACACCCGCGCUCCCCCCCCCCGCUGUCCUUCCCUCCCUAAGAGCCCCCGCCCCCCACUGCCUUGCUGUCCCCCCCCCGCACGGCCGUCCGGGCCCCUGCCACCCCCACUUUCAUUCUGCCCCUACCCACUCCCCUCGUUCCCUCCCUUCUCACUCCUCUCCCUGUGCCAACUGCCCCCCCUCACCCUGUCCUCCCCCCUGUCACCCACCCCUCCCUUACAGCCCCCCCACCCCCCGGCCCCCCAUGUUGUGGGGCUCCCACUCAACCCCUUUUCCCCCCCACGCCACCCCCCCCUCCCUGCUCUUUCCAACACAUGCAGGCAAGCCCCCGCCCAAGGACGCUCAGCCCCUGUCACCUCUGUACCCUCCUCUCCCCCCCCUACAGUCGGGCCUCCGCCCACCCUCACGACUCCCCCAUCUUCCCACACCCCCCACGCAAUCUCCGCAUCGCGAAAUCUCUUUCUCACCCAUGAUCCCCCACCCCCUGCCCCUACCCACGUCAACCCCACCCCCCACUACACUCCCGCCCCUUCCCCCUCGGAGGACAGUACCCCGCCCUCCCACAAGCUCGCCCCCCACCCGCACCCCCCUCCCACUAGCAGACUGGACCCUCCUACGGUACCCCCCUCUCUGCCCCCUCCCGACACUCCUCCCACGAUCUCUCCAGAGGGCGGGCCCCCUGCCCAACCUUAUGCUGGCAUGGAGACGCUCCUCUCCCCCUGCCCUAUCCCCCCCUUUUCAACCAGCACCCCUCUCUGCUCCCCCGACCCCCCCGACUUCCCCCCCCCACUUCCUCUCCCCCGAUUCCCCUCCUCCCCCCCCCCUAUCCUCAAUCUCGCCUUCCCCCCCCUCACUCUUUUCAACCCCCUCUUCACUUUCUUCACCCCCCACCCACUCAGGAACCCAUCUGCAACCGCCCCCUGUGCUAUAACCGGGCUGCCCGAUCCCCACCGAGGCUCCCCCCCUCUGCCAACAGCCCUCUUCCCCCGGCCUCUCCCUCAUUGCUCUCGGGCAGGCCGAUCCACCCCCCUCUGGCUCCUUCUCCCCCCCCCGCCUGGGCCCCCGAACACCCCUGCCCCUCCCCCGCACCUCCCACCCCUCUCUGCACCUCCCUCCACCCGCAGCCAACCAGACCUCAUGGUCUCCCCCCUCUUGGCCUUCACCCCCACAUCCCCCUCCUCCCUGACUCCCCCUCCCCUCCCCUCGUCCACCCCCUCGUCCCCCCUGCCCCCCCUCGCCAUGGAGCAUAUCCAGUCCGACCUGCACGUCAACCGCGUGAAGGCCUCCGCUCACCGCCCGGCUGCCAAGGAAGAAUUUGGCCCCUGGCGCGCACUCACCCUGCUGCAGCAGAAGGCCCCGGUGGCUGCCUUCCUUCGCGGUCGCCCUUAG